CCAGAAAAUACAGAUUGUCACGUAAAUAGAGCGUGUUUUCCCUACCUGUGUGUUACAUACACGAGUGUAAACCCAGAUCUAUGUAGAUAGAUUGAGAGAAGGGACACAGACAACAUGGCACGAGACAGUUCCACACGUUGGAUCCUACUUCUCGCCCUUUUCGUCGCUCUCAUCCUGUCCGUGGUAGGAUUUGGUACCCCAAAUUGGUACAGAGCUGUUGUGGCAAAUUAUGUGUCAUUUACCGCGGGUCUCUUCGAUGCCUGUGUUUCGACGACAUGCUUCACCUACUUAAACUACUUCAAACUAUCACGAUACAGCGGUGACCAUGUCGGCUGUAUAGUGUUCCACGUGUUCGGUAUAGCCCUGACAGCUUUGGCCGUCCUCCUGGUGAUGUGUUUAGUGUUUAAUUGUGAAGAUGACUGUGUAGGACCCAGGUGCCACUCAAUCCGUCGGCGGUUCAUGUAUAUCACUUGGAUGACUCUGCUAGGCGGUAUCUGUCUGCUGGUCUCGGUGAUUUGGUUCUAUGUGGCCUUUAUAAGGGAUGGACUCGGAACUGGAAACCUAGCUGGGACAUUUGAUUUACAGGCUGACUAUUCACUCGGUCUCACGGCCGCUGCCGGCGCACUUCUCAUCAUCAUUGCUCUAUUCCUGGUUUUCUUUCGGUACAAGUUUUAUGAUGACGAAAGGGAACAUUACCAUCAACGCCCUAAAAUGGUACUGGAGCCGGUGUAUCGUCCUCCUACCCCUGAAGCUGUCCGAGUAAUGCCUUAUGAGAAACCUGUUUAUUCCAGAACUAUCACACCGGAACCGAUUUCUUACAGAGUGGAACCACCCAAACCUAAAUACGCCAUAGAAAGACCUGCUCCGGUCCGUAUUGCGUCGUCUGUUCGACCUCCAUCCCCAAGCUAUGUCUCAUCGCCUAAAACUUACAGAUACGCCACUGGCGAGGAACCGGCCUACGCUACCAGAGCUACAUACGCAGAACGCCGGUAUUAAAGAUGUGCCAAAAGUCUUCAUAAAGAUGUUGAAAAUUGCAGCCAAAUCAACUGUAUUCACAUUCAUUAUUUUAUAUUAUUAAACUGUAUUUACUGGUUUACCAUGAAACACUUCUCUGUAUAACAAUGUGAAAGAUUGGUUGUUUGUGAGUCUACGUUUCCUUUUCGUCUUCGUGAGAUUUAUAAUUUACUUGCGAACGAAUUUUAGAUGGACAGUAAGUCAGUUUUUAUGGGUAUAUGUCACAAUUCCGAAUGAUUGCCAGAUUUCCGUACCUUACGACAAAUCUAUAACCAUGAUAACCCAGUAGAUUAGACCAAGGGUGUCCUGCCACCUUAGAAUGGCUGGUGACAUCUAUAAGACUGGUGACCUGAGAUAAAAACGCCAUUUUAAAUAGUCCCAUGACCUCAGUUAACCUAAUGACCUAGGUAACCACACUAGCUUAAAUAGUGCCAUGACCUCAAUUAGCCCGGUGACCUGAGGUAACACGCCACCUCAAAUAGUCCCAUGGCCUUAAUUACCUUGAUGACCUAGGUAACCACGCCAACCUAAAAAGUCCAAUGACCUCAAUAAGCCUUGUGACCUAGGUGCCCACGCCACCUCAAAUAGUCCAAUGACUUUAAUUAUCCUGCUUAUUUUGAGUAACACUCGGAAAUAAAGAUGAAUAGAAUGUUUCAUCUGUGUUAGGUAAGAAAAUGUCCACUAUGGGCACAAUCGAAAUGGCUACCAUUAAAAGUUUUUUCUAGCUAGUCCUAGUAACGCGUGUCCACACAUGGGUUCUUUGAAAACAAUGUUUAAACAUUAUUAACCGUACAUGUAUCUGAACAAAAAAUACAAUUGUAUCUGUUAUUCUCACCAAUGUAUAUGAAAAAAUAUCUAUUAAAAAAUAAUAUUCAUGAAGCAUUUUCGUUAAA